UUUGAUGCGCUUAUCAACACUGUACAACAAGCGCGAAUUUCACGCAUUUUCGCCAGAUUCUGUUCUCAUCUUGCCUUUCUCGAAAAUAAUAAACGAAAAAAUGCCCAAGACAAAGAAGAAGCAGCAGGCCUCCUCUUCAGAAAGCGACAGCGGUCCAGAAGAUCGCAAUCAGCCGGCGAGCAAGAAGGCCAAGGAAUCGGCGCCAGCCGGUGCUAAAACUGGUGCCGGAGAUUCCGGAGGAGAUGGUGCCACCACUUGGACCCUCGAAGGACUUCGCCAAGUGCGAAUCAAUGAAUUCCGAGGGCGCAAGAUGGUCGACAUCCGAGAGUUUUACGAGAAGAACGGAGAAACUUUGCCCGGCAAAAAGGGCAUAUCACUUUCUAUUAAGCAAUGGAAGAAACUUCUUGAGGUGGCUGAAGAGGUCACCCGCGCCGUUGAGAAUUAAGUGAAUCCAUGCCAAAAUUUAACUCAUAGGGAUUAAUUUACGCUACAUUAUGUUAACAAGCGUUUAAGUGGGACAUUCCCAGUGAAUAAACUUUAUCUUUGAAACUUA